GGAGGAGAACUUCGACUGGCCCAUAACAACACACAUACAAUAAUAUAGUUGAGGAAAAUCUUCACAUUUUCAAGAAAAAUGUGAUGAAAAUAUUGAGAAUUAGUUUUUACAACAGUGAAAGAUUCAAAGGAGUAUAUUGAAGUAUUUACUAGAAGGAUGGCCACUGUACCACAGGUAAAUGGUCAUCAGGCCACAAACGGAGUUGUUAAUGGGGGGUCACCAAGGUCAAAUGGAACCAUGAAUGGAGACACCCCUAGAAGUCGUGGGAAGACCGGAGGAGUUGGACCUGAGGGGUAUCCUCGUCUUCCUCCAAUAAGCAAACCAAGUAUCAGAACUGACGACCCGUACGCUAACAGCAAGCUCAUGACGUUCAGACUCGCUAAUCACAAGCAAGCCAUGUUGAUGAAGAUCUUACAUGAUCAAGCAGCUAAAGACAUCUUAGAUACAGAAGAAUACUGUGAGAAGAAUCACGGUACUCCAUCGAACCCCGACUACCCAGAAGAGAUGAUGAGUAAGGACCGCAGGAUAAGGCUGAACUACCAAUAUCUGAAGAAGUGUGUGGAGGCAGGGCCCGUAACUCCUGUUCAGCAACACUGGAGUGACAAUAUUCUACAGAUGGUCCCCGAGAAACUGCAGCAGAAUCCUGCUUUACAGGCAUCUAUCAGGGACCUGUUUGCUGAAGUCAAGGGGGAUUACAACUCCAGCAUGAAAAAAUCAAUGGUGCAACAUGUACUGAUAAAACCAGAAGUGAAAGGUUUAGACAAUGAAGUAGCUGGACCCCCACCCUCAGAACCAAGGCUUACAUUUCUACAAAAGAAUGGUCUGGACUACUCCCGCCCCUGGCAUGAUAGUUACGUGGCAGCGAGACAAAUCAUCAGGGACAAUCUACACACCCUCCACCCCUCCAUGCAGACUGUUCUCAAGAUGUGCCAGGCUACUCUGGGAAACAUGAUCCUAGUGGACUGCUCAAACUUCAGAGCUAAUGGACCAGUAGAGUUUGAGUCUUUUAAGAACACUAUUAUCUUGGAUCUUGAGAAGACAGAGGAUAAAUUGAACAAUAGCUGGUUUCCGGGGAUUAUCAAUGUGUUUGCUGAUAAAAAUUCCUUUGUUUCACCUAAAGCCGAGAAGCUGGAUUCCUUUUUUGAAUGUGUAACCACACUGAUCUCAAACCAGUUAAAAGAUUUACUGGUGAGAACCAUGGACAGCUACGUCAAACUGUUUGAUCCAAACGACAAAUGCAAACUUCCCCUGAUGAAGAUGGAACUGACCUUUGAUGACCAGAAGAUGCAGUUUUAUCCUCCCAAAGAGGACCUGGAGGAAACAGUUCUCUUUGUGAUCAACCACCUCUGUAAGGCCAUGCAGCAAGUGCCUACUGUCCAGUCCUGGUUAGCCGGUGGCAGCACGGUCAACCACACAGACGCCACGGUGGCAGAACAUGUGGUGAAAGCUGCAGUGGAGAAAUUAAAAGAGGCAGUGAAGAGGGAGUUUGAAGGGCCUCAGUUGCACUUGGACUCAUUUAUCAAGAGGUAUGAUUACAUUGUCAAUGGAGAGGCCUUGAAAGAAAUCCAAGAAUACGUCAAAUAUGAACACACCUUUGCUGAAUAUCAACAACACAUUGAUAGAUACAGAAAUCUUGCCAGUGAAAUCAUGGGCCUGCCCAGUAUUGAGCAUUUUGACAUGAUUCGUUUGGAUUGUGAGGAUCUGAAGCGAGGCUUAGCUGAGGCAGCACGCGGAUUGGCAGACGAACUUCUCAGGAAAGUGUCAGAUGACCACAGGACUGAAAACAAAAGCAUUUGUGACGAAUUCCAACUGAUCAGGGACCGAGCCCUGAAACUACCCGAGACGAGUGAAGAAUUGAUGGACAUGAUGAAGUUUACACAGGAGGCUAGGACCAGUGGCAUGGUGAAAUUAAACGAACGCAUCAAAGAGUCUAAGGACCGCCUGGCUUAUCUCAUCGAUGUGUACAUGUUCCCAGCGGAAGAUAUUGAACUCAACUGUGAAGUUCUGACCUGGCCGAAUAGGAUAUCACCCGUCUUUGAUGAAAAUGACGAGCUGAUUGAGAAAUCCAAACAGUCUGGAGAGAAAUCAUUACUGGAGAAGAGAGAGAAGGUCAUUGCAGAGCUAGAAAAACUCCGCCAGCGAGUGGAUGAAUUUAACGAUUACGGAGAAUUAGACAUGAUGACCCAGUAUGUACAGGAUGUCCGCGCCGUACAGAAACGUCUAUCCGAUGUGCAGGAACAGAUUAGUUUCAUCAACAAGGAAGAACAUUUAUACAAGUACCCAAUUUCUACAUACUCAGCAGACGUAGAUGAAAUCACCAACCAGGUGGAGCCUUUCUACAGGCUUUUCAACAUUGUACUCAGGUGGCAGAAAGCAGAGAAAAAGUGGAUGGAUGGAGCGUUCAUGGAUCUGGAUGCAGAACAAGUGGAAGGGGAAGUUGAUGAGUACACAAGAGAUAUCUACAAAGUCCAGAAGGUCUUCAACUCCAGACUUAAGAAAAUCCAGCUGGAGGUGGAUGAUCGUAACCGUGAGCGGAAGAAGCGAAGGCGGCAUGCAGAGGAGAACGGACAGGAAAUCUCACCAGAAGACCAGGAUGAAGCUGUUGUUCCACCUCAAGGAAUGGAAAUUUGUACUAAGGUCCAGGACAGCAUGAGAGAAUUCAAGGACAAUGUGCCAGUGAUUGGAGUUAUGUGCAACAAGGGCAUGCGUGCUCGACACUGGUCUAAAAUGUCUGACCUCAUGGGCUUCGACAUUACACCCAAUGCAGGAACCACACUACGAAAAGUACUCAAACUGGAUAUUGUACCUCACAUGGAAAUGUUUGAGGGCAUCAGUGCCGCUGCCACCAAGGAACACUCUUUGGAGAAAGCUAUGGCUAAGAUGAUGGAAGACUGGGACUCCAUCAACUUUAACCUGAUCGGGUAUCGUGACUCGGGUAUCAACAUCCUGUCCUCGGUGGACGACAUUCAGACCACACUGGACGAUCAGAUUGUCAAGACUCAGACCAUGAGGGGGUCACCUUUCAUCAAACCGUUUGAAGCAGAAAUAAAGGUAUGGGAGGAACGGUUGCUAAGGAUCCAGGAUACUAUUGAUGAAUGGUUGAAGGUGCAGUCCCAGUGGUUGUACCUGGAGCCCAUCUUCUCAUCAGAGGACAUCAUGCAACAGAUGCCUGAGGAGGGCCGGCUGUUCCAGAUUGUAGACAAGAACUGGAAAGAUAUCAUGAGGCACACGACCAAGGACCCCAAGGUCCUGAAUGCCACCAACUUGCCAGGUCUGCUAGAAAAACUCCAAGACAGCAAUAACCUACUGGACAAGAUCAUGAAAGGGCUGAAUGCCUACUUAGAGAAAAAGCGUCUCUUCUUCCCACGGUUCUUCUUCCUGUCCAACGACGAGAUGUUAGAAAUCCUGUCUGAGACCAAGGACCCACUCCGAGUGCAGCCGCACUUAAAGAAAUGUUUUGAGGGCAUUGCCAAAUUGGAAUUUGAUAGCAAACUGGAUAUUCAUGCCAUGUUUAGUAGUGAGGGAGAGAAAAUUGAAAUGGUGCAGACAAUUUCAACAUCUGAAGCUAGGGGGGCUGUGGAGAAAUGGCUGUUACAAGUACAGGAUGUGAUGUUGGCAUCUGUCAGAGAUGUCUGUGCUCAUUCCAUGGAGGCUUAUUCAAUUGAACCCCGUAUCAACUGGGUGCGAGAGUGGCCGGGUCAGGUUGUCCUGUGUGUGUCUCAGGUGUACUGGACACAGGAGGUCCAUGAAGCCAUCAGAAGUGGACCAGGUGGACUGAAGGACUACUGGGAAAAACUGCAGCAACAGCUGGGUGACAUUGUCAUCCUCGUCCGAGGCAAAUUGUCUAAACAAACUCGUACAACGCUGGGGGCUCUGGUCGUCAUUGACGUACACGCCCGAGAUGUAGUACUGCAGAUGGCAGAUAAAGGUGUUGCCUCAGAAAAUGACUUUGCUUGGUUGGCCCAACUUAGAUAUUAUUGGGAAGAAGAAAACAUGAGGGUCAGAAUGACCAAUGCCACUGUGAAAUAUGCCUACGAAUACCUGGGUAACACACCCCGAUUGGUCAUUACACCUCUGACUGACAGGUGCUACAGAACUUUGAUUGGUGCAUUCCAUUUGCAUUUGAAUGGGGCACCAGAGGGGCCUGCAGGAACUGGAAAGACUGAGACAACAAAGGAUCUGGCCAAGGCUUUGGCUGUACAGUGUGUGGUCUUCAAUUGCUCUGAUGGUUUGGACUACCUGGCCAUGGGAAAAUUCUUCAAGGGUCUUGCUUCAGCUGGUGCCUGGGCUUGCUUUGACGAGUUCAAUAGGAUUGAUCUGGAGGUGUUGUCUGUCAUUGCCCAACAGAUUUUGUGCAUUAUCCGUGCUGUGAGAGCAAAUGUAGACGUCUUCAUGUUUGAGGGAACAGAACUCUCUCUGAACCCUAACUGUUACGUUUGUAUCACCAUGAACCCUGGUUAUGCCGGACGUUCGGAGCUCCCCGACAACUUGAAGGUUCUGUUCCGUACCGUGGCUAUGAUGGUGCCAGACUACGCCAUGAUUGCUGAGAUUUCGCUGUACUCCUUCGGUUUCCAGAAUGCCAGAAACCUGUCUGUGAAGAUCGUGACUGUGUAUCGACUCUGUUCUGAACAGUUGUCGUCCCAGUUCCAUUACGAUUACGGAAUGCGAGCGGUGAAGGCUGUCUUGUCAGCCGCUGGAAAUCUCAAGCUGCGGUUCCCAGAUGAGGAUGAGGAUAUAUUGUUACUGAGGUCUAUUAUUGAUGUCAACCUCCCCAAAUUCUUGUCUCAUGAUAUCCCACUGUUCAAUGGUAUCACAUCAGAUUUGUUCCCCGGGGUUAAACUCCCUGAGGCUGAUUAUAAGGUCUUCUUAGAUGCAAUGAUGAGAGUGGCUGCAAAGAAAAACCUCCAAUUUGUGGAUUUCUUUAGAGAGAAACUUAUCCAGACUUAUGAAAUGAUGAUCGUUAGACACGGAUUUAUGUUGGUUGGAGAACCCUUCGGCUGUAAGACUAUGGUCAUAGAAACGCUAUGUGAAGGAAUGACCUUACUGAAUGAGGAAGGUCACGAUGAAGACUAUGAGAAAGUCUUGUACCGAAUCAUCAAUCCUAAAUCUAUCACUAUGGGUCAGCUGUUUGGUCAGUUUGACCCUGUUUCACAUGAGUGGACAGACGGUGUUGUGGCAAACACUUUCAGGGAAUUUGCCUCGACAGACACACCGGACAGGAAGUGGGUGGUGUUUGAUGGGCCGAUUGACGCCUUGUGGAUUGAGAACAUGAAUACUGUGUUGGAUGACAAUAAGAAACUGUGUUUAAUGAGUGGAGAAAUUAUACAGAUGUCAAAUCCUAUGAGUCUAAUCUUUGAGACAAUGGACUUGGCUCAGGCCUCACCUGCCACUGUUAGUCGAUGUGGUAUGGUGUAUCUGGAACCCACAACUCUGGGAUGGCGGCCCAUCGUCAAGUCUUGGAUUGAUGUGUUCGGCGAGGUGAUGGCACGGGAGAGUGGGGAGGUGCUACACGACAUGUUUGAAUGGCUGGUCGAUCCUUGUCUAGAGUUUGUCAGGAAAAACACCAAAGAGUAUCUUGGAUCUAAGCAAGCAAACCAGGUUCGAUCGCUCAUGUACAUGAUUGAUAUGUUGAUGUCGGAGACCUUGAAUAAGGAGGAUGCGAAUGAAAACAAACAUGUCAAGAAUUAUACCCUGAGUGCCAUGCUGUUUUCUAUUCCCUGGACUAUUGCAGCAGUAGUAGACAAUGAUGGCAGACAGAAAUUUGAUGCUUUUUAUAAGGAUUUAUUGAAUGGAAAAAUUGAAAGCAGCCCAGUGCCAAAAUCAGUGGGCAAAUUCGAUGUUCCCUUACCAGACGCUAUGAACUGUUAUGAUGUCUUCUUUGAGUUUAAGGCCAGAGGCACUUGGCAUCAUUGGAAUGACCUGAUUAAGGGACAGGAGAGCAAGGCUAAGAAGAUCCGCGAUAUGUUGGUGCCCACUAUGGACACAGCUCGCUACACCUACCUUCUGUCUCUCUGUAUUGAGCAUGACCGACCUAUCAUGUUUGUUGGUCCCACUGGUACGGGUAAGAGCGUGUACGUACAGGACAAACUGAUGAAUGGCCUGGAGAAAGACAGAUAUCUCCCCGCCUUUGUCAAUUUCUCCGCCCAGACCAGCGCCAACCAGACCCAGAACAUAAUCAUGUCCCGUCUAGACAAGAGGAGAAAGGGAGUGUUUGGACCGCAGAUGGGGAAGAAGGCCAUUAUAUUCAUUGACGAUCUGAACAUGCCUCAGAAGGAGGUGUAUGGAGCCCAGCCUCCUAUUGAGCUGCUCCGGCAGUACAUCGAUCACGGACACUGGUAUGACCUGAAAGACACCAGCAAAUUAACAUUACAAGAUGUGUUGUUCCUCGGAGCCAUGGGGCCACCUGGUGGUGGAAGGAAUGACGUCACCGCCCGAUUCCUCCGUCAUUACAACAUCAUUGGAAUAAACUCAUUCAGUGAAGAAACCAUGAUUAAGAUAUUCUCGAUUCUCCUGUCCACUUACUUAAGACAAGCAGAGUUUUCCACGGAAUAUUACGCCCUGGGGAACAUGAUCGUAGCUGCUACUAAUGACAUGUACAAGCAGGCCAUUGCUAAUCUGUUACCGACCCCAGCUAAGUCCCACUACGUGUUUAACUUACGAGAUUUCUCCAGGGUCAUUCUUGGAAUCUGUCUUGUGAAAAAGGGAGAGGUUGAAAGCAAGAGAACCAUGAUUAGAUUAUGGGUACAUGAAGUGAUGAGAGUCUUCUACGAUCGUCUUACGGAUGAUGCUGACCGAGCCUGGCUCUUUAAGAGUACUGGAAGUGUGUGUAAGGAAUAUUUCAAAGAAAGUUUUGAUGUCCUCUUUGAGCAUCUGGCAGGGGAUGGAACUGGAGAGGGAAAGGUUCGUGAGGAAGAUCUUAGAUCUUUGAUGUUUGGUGACUACAUGAACCCUGAUGCUGAACCAGAGGAGAGGGUAUAUGGUGAAGUGAAAUCUCUGGAUGAGAUGUACAAAAUUGUAGAACUAUGCCUGGAGGAGUAUAACAACACCCAUAAAAAUAGGAUGAACCUCGUCAUAUUUAGAUAUGUACUUGAACACUUGUCCCGAAUUUGUCGAGUUUUGCGUAUCCCAGGAGGCAAUGCUCUGUUAGUUGGUGUGGGUGGCAGCGGUCGUCAAUCCCUGACCCGUUUAGCAACUGCUAUGGCAGGGUACCAUCUCUUCCAACCAGAAAUCUCCAAAAAUUACGGCAAGACAGAGUGGAGGGAAGACAUCAAGUCUGUGUUGACAAGCUGCGGAGCCCAGGGAAAGACAACUGUGUUCCUGAUCACAGACACACAGAUUAAGGAGGAGUCGUUCCUGGAGGACAUUGAUAACUUACUAAACACAGGAGAGGUCCCCAAUCUGUUUGCUGCUGAUGAGAAGGCAGAAAUUAUGGAGGCAGUGAGACCGCUUGCCCAAGCUGGAGAUAAGAUGGCUGACUUCAGUCCCCUGGCUUUGUUUGCUUUCUUUGUGAAUCGCUGUCGUGAGAACCUUCACAUUAUCAUCGCCUUCAGUCCCAUUGGAGAUGCCUUCAGAAACAGACUAAGACAGUUCCCAGCUCUCAUCAACUGCUGUACCAUUGACUGGUUCCAGACUUGGCCAGAUGAUGCUUUGGAAAGAGUGGCCAACAAAUUCUUGGAGCAGGUAGAGCUAGGUGACAAUGAACGUAAAGAGACAAUACACAUAGUCAAGUAUUUCCAUCAGAGCACCAUUCGAUUGUCUGCACAAUAUCUCUCGGAGCUAAGUCGCCACAACUAUGUCACUCCCACUUCCUAUCUGGAGUUGAUCAACUCCUUCAAGAAUUUGCUGUCCUCCAAGCAAGAUGACACGAUGAGAGCCAAAAGAAGAUACGUGGUGGGAUUAGAAAAGCUGGCUUUUGCUGCAUCACAGGUAGCCACCAUGCAGAAAGAAUUAGAGGAGCUCCAGCCCCAGCUGGUUGUGUCUCAAGAGGAGAAUGCUAAAAUGAUGGUGGUCAUUGAGAAAGAGUCUGUGGAGGUGGAGGCCACCAGCAAAGUAGUCCGAGCAGACGAGGCAGUGGCCAAUGAGCAGGCAGCAGAGGCCCAGGCCCUCAAGGACGAAUGUGAGGCAGAGCUGGCUGAAGCCAUCCCAGCCUUAGAGGCUGCACUGGCUGCCCUAAACACCCUUAAGCCUGCAGACAUCACCAUUGUGAAAUCUAUGAAGAAUCCACCAUCUGGAGUUAAACUUGUCAUGUCUGCUGUGUGUGUAAUGAAGGACAUUAAACCAGACAAGAUUAAUGACCCUGACAAGCCCGGCCAGAAAAUCCUGGACUACUGGGGACCAUCCAAAAAACUGCUAGGAGACAUGAGCUUCCUGAGCAUGCUCAAAGAGUAUGACAAAGACAAUAUUCCUGUUCAUGUUAUGCAAAAGAUUAGAAAGGAAUACAUUUCAAAUCCUGAAUUUGACCCAGCCAAAGUCGCCAAUGCCUCAUCUGCUGCAGAGGGUCUGUGUAAAUGGAUCAUGGCGAUGGAAAUCUAUGACAGAGUGGCCAAAGUUGUGGCUCCCAAAAAGAUUAAGCUGGCUGAGGCAGAGUCGGAGUUAAAUACAACAAUGGACAAACUGAACAAGAAACGUUCUGAACUGGCAGCUGUAGAGAAGCGAUUGGCUGACCUCCAGUCUACUUUCAAGGAAAUGACAGAGAAGAAAGAACAGCUAGAGUUCCAAGUGGAUCUCUGUGGAAAGAAAUUGGAGAGAGCCGAGAAACUGAUUGGUGGACUGGGAGGCGAGAAAGCCCGAUGGACUGCAGCCGCCGAAAAUCUGCAGAACAUUUAUGAUAAUUUAGUGGGCGACGUGUUGAUUUCUGCUGGUGUUAUUGCAUACCUGGGACCUUUCACCAUGGCCUUCAGAGAACAGUGCACAGCAGACUGGGUGAAAAUAUGCACGGAGAGAACAAUCCCCUGCUCCCAAGAAUUCUCUCUGAGUAAAAUUCUGGGAGAGCCCAUCAAAAUCCAGGCCUGGAACAUAUUUGGAUUGCCAAGGGAUAGCUUCUCCAUAGAUAAUGGUGUCAUCGUAGCCAACUCCAGACGAUGGCCCCUGAUGAUUGAUCCCCAGGGUCAGGCCAACAAAUGGGUAAAAAAUAUGGAGAAAGAAUUCAAACUGUCUGUGAUAAAGUUGACAGACUCAGACUACAUGAGGAACCUGGAGAACUGCAUCACCUUUGGGAACCCCUUAUUACUGGAGAAUGUAGCAGAGGAGUUGGAUCCCUCCCUGGAGCCCCUUCUUCUGAAACAAACUUACAAGCAAGCCGGAGUUGACAUGAUCAAGAUUGGUGAGAAUGUGAUUGAGUACAGUAAGGACUUCCGGUUCUACAUCACCACCAAACUGAGGAACCCCCACUACCUCCCAGAGAUCGCAGUCAAAGUGUCACUUCUUAACUUCAUGAUCACCCCGGAGGGUCUGGAGGACCAGUUGCUAGGAAUAGUGGUUGCUAAAGAGAGGCCGGAGCUGGAGGAAGAACGACAGGCACUGAUUGUACAGAGUGCAGCCAACAGAAAGGCACUCAAAGAAAUUGAGGACAAGAUCCUCCACACACUGUCAGCCUCUGAGGGCAACAUCCUCGAGGAUGAGUCAGCCAUUAAGGUUCUGGACUCUUCCAAAAUCCUCUCUGAUGAAAUCUCUAAGAAACAGAAGAUUGCAGAGGAGACUGAGCAAAAGAUCGACACAAGUCGUAUGGGAUACCGUCCCAUCGCCAAGCAUUCAUCCAUUCUGUUCUUCUCCAUCGCCGACUUACCCAACAUUGACCCCAUGUACCAGUACUCGCUGACCUGGUUUGUCAACCUCUACAUCAUGUCCAUCCAGGACAGCAAUAAGUCCAAGAUCUUGGAUCGACGUUUGCGAUACCUGUCGGACCAUUUUACAUACAGUCUGUACUGUAAUGUCUGUCGAUCCCUCUUUGAGAAAGAUAAACUUCUUUUCUCUUUCAUUCUCUGUUCCAAUAUGUUGCUAUCCAAGAAUGAGCUUGAUACCAAUGAAUUCAUGUUCUUCUUGACUGGAGGCGUUGGUCUGGAGAACAAACUUGCUAACCCCGCCCCCACAUGGCUGACAGACAAGAGCUGGGAUGAAAUCUGCCGUCUCAGUGAUCUUAAGAAAUACAAGAAAUUCAGAGAUCACUUUUCUAAAAACAUCGACAAGUGGAAGGAAUUCUACAAUUCUAGAGAGCCACACAAUGAAGAUCUACCUAGCCCGUGGCAGGAUGAACUCAAUGAAUUCCAGAGGAUGAUUGUCCUAAGGGUCAUCAGGCCAGACAAGGUGAACCCUGCUAUUACUAACUUUGUGAGGGAGAAGCUCGGCAAGAAGUUUGUGGAGCCUCCACCUUUUGACUUGACCAAGAGUUACCAGGACUCAAACUGCUGUGCCCCACUCAUUUUCAUCCUGUCCCCAGGGGCUGACCCCACCAUGGCCCUCCUGAAGUUUGCAGAGGACAAAGGAUUUUCUGGGAACAAGUUCAACUCCAUUUCUUUGGGUCAAGGACAGGGUCCAAUUGCUUCUAAAAUGAUCAGUGAAGCACGACAGGAUGGAUCUUGGGUCAUGCUGCAGAACUGUCAUUUAGCUGUGUCAUGGAUGACUCCUCUUGAGAAGACUUGUGAAGAUUUUACCCCAGAGAACACUCACUCGGAAUUCCGACUCUGGCUAACUAGCUAUCCCUCCGAUAAGUUCCCAGUCACAGUGUUACAGAAUGGUGUCAAGAUGACAAACGAACCCCCCACUGGUCUGCGUCAGAAUCUGCUCCAGUCGUACCUCAAUGACCCCGUCAGUGACGAGGAAUUCUUUAAGGGAUGUCCAGGGAAAGAACUGCCAUUCGAGAAACUCCUGUUUGGUUUGUGCUUUUUCCACGCCCUGGUUCAGGAGAGAAGGAAGUUUGGACCUCUAGGAUGGAACAUUCCCUACGGCUUCAAUGAAUCUGAUCUCCGAAUCUCCAUUAAGCAGUUGCAGAUGUUUAUAAAUGAGUAUGAAGAUGUGCCGUUCGAUGCCAUCAGCUACAUGACGGGAGAAUGUAACUACGGUGGGCGUGUCACAGAUGACUGGGAUCGACGCCUACUGUUGACCAUGCUGUCGGACUUCUACACUCCUCACAUCAUCAAUGAAUCCCGCUACAAAUUCUCUCCCAGUGGGGUGUACUACUCCCCUCCCAAGGGAACUUAUGAUGACUACGUGGAAUUUAUCAAGGCUCUUCCGCUAAACCAGGUUCCGGAGGUGUUUGGAAUGCAUGAGAAUGUAGACAUUUCUAAAGAACUCCAGGAGACCAAGUUGUUGUUCGACUCUGUGUUACUGACCAGGGGUGGAUCUGGAGGGGGUUCUGGUGGGUCUACGGAUGAUCAACUCUACACUAUCGCAGGAGACAUCCUCAGCAAACUUCCAAAGGAUUAUGACAUAGAAACAGCUGGCAAGAAAUAUCCAGUAUCGUAUGAGGAAAGCAUGAACACUGUGCUAGUGCAGGAAAUGGAGAGAUUUAACAGGCUGUUGUCCAUUAUUCGCUCAAGUUUAGUCAAUCUACAGAAGGCCAUUAAAGGUUUAGUGGUCAUGUCCACUGAGCUCGAGGCCCUGGCCAGCAGUUUACUCAUUGGUAAAUUGCCAGCCAUGUGGGCCAAGCGUUCCUACCCCUCCCUCAAACCACUGGGUAGCUACGUCAAUGACUUCUUAGAUAGACUGAAAUUCUUACAGAAAUGGUAUGAUGAGGGUAAGCCCCCCACCUUCUGGUUGUCAGGCUUCUUCUUCACCCAGGCCUUCUUAACUGGUGUCAUGCAAAACUUUGCCAGGAAGUACACCAUUCCUAUUGAUACCUUGGCCUUUGAUUUUGAUGUGCUGCAGCUCGAGACGAGUGACAAGGCUCCAGAGGAUGGUUGCUACGUGUAUGGCCUGUUCCUGGACGGUGCCAGAUGGGACAAACCCAAUGGUCUCCUAUCAGAACAACUCCCCAAGAUCCUGAAUGAACCAUUGCCCAUGAUGUGGUUUUUCCCCAAAAAGAAAUUGGAGAUAGAUGAAUCAGAGAAACGGUAUAAAUGUCCUAUCUACAAAACGAGUGAGAGGAAGGGUGUCUUGUCCACCACUGGGCAUUCCACAAACUUUGUGUUGGCUGUUCUUCUUAACACUGAUAAACCAGUCCAGCACUGGGUCAAGAGGGGCUUGGCACUUCUGUGUCAGCUGGACUCUUAAAAAUAUUUCUGUGUCAUAAUGACUUAUGUAAUGAUUGUGUGUCUCUGCAGAAUUCAUCAGUUUUAGCACUUAAACAGCACUAUUUUCCUGGCCCUUUGGGUUUAAAAGGAAAAUUAACAUUACUGUGUGUACCAAGUUUUCUUAAAAGUCAAUUCAAUAUUGUGGCAGUUGACUUUUUUUUAGUAUUUUCUUUUUAAUUUUAUAAACAAUGAGUAACAUAAAAAAUGUGAUAUAUGAAAGAAGUGAAUUUGCGUGUGCAUUUAUGUAUCUUAUUUUCAGUAAUUUUGCUGUUGUGUGUAUUUUUAUUGAAAAAUGUAUUGUUAAUGCAUUUCAGAUCUAUAGUUUCAUAUAAAGAGUCAUAUGUGUAUUUUGAAUAUGCAUUUUGAUAUUAAAUCAACUACAUGUAUGUUCAUAGUUAAUUACAAUCAAUAACUUGAUAGAGUGAGGACUAACUGACCUAUGUUGAUAUUUCUGUAUUGAAUAAUAAUGUUUUUAUUCCGUCCUUUUAAUGCUUUUCCGUCCAAGAUAACAAUAUGGAUUGUGAUUAAUUGAUUUACACCAAUUUUCAAUGUUGAAAAAGUAUACAUGUACAUAUAUAUAUAUUUAUUCUCAGAAACAUGACUCUUCAUUAAUAUUAUGUAAUCCUUGUGUUAAAUGUAUAUUAAUUUUCAAGCUCGAUGCAUAUGGUAUGAUAUCAAUAGUUGUUAAAUUUCACACUAUAUUUUCCCCAAUGUUUUGACAUUGACUGUUAUCUGUGAUAUGUGAAUAAAAUCAUUACACAAGA